CAAUUUGUCCUUACUCUCUUCUGAGCCUCUGCUUAGGAGCUAUUAAAAAACAGCUGCGACAGCAUGGCUCAAUCGAAGAUCACCCUCUACGUCGAUAUUGUGUCGCCAUUCGCGUACAUCGCUUUCUAUGUCUUGCAGAACUCUCCAGCGUUUAAGCAAUGCGAUAUCAAGUAUGUGCCCAUAUUCCUGGGUGGCUUGAUGAACGCAUGUGGCAAUACACCUCCCAUCGCUAUCAAAAACAAGGGCAAGUGGAUCAACACUGAGCGCGUACGCUGGGCGAAGUACUUCAACAUCCCAAUAUCCAAAGGCUCGCCCCCUGGGUUCCCAAUCAACACCCUGCCGAUUCAGCGCGCUCUGGCCUCUCUGUCCAUCUCACACCCCAAGUCUCUUGAAAGUGCUAUCUCCUUAUUCUACGAGAACACAUGGGUCCAGUGGCGCGAACCUACAAAGCCGGAGAACUUGCUUGCGAUCUUAUGCACGGUCGUUGGAAGCGAUGAGGAGGCAAAGAAGGUGCUCGAAAGGAUAAAGACAGACGAAGUGAAGAAGAUGCUCACACAGAACACGGAUAAGGCGUUCAAGGAUGGAGCGUUUGGGGUGCCUUACUUCGUUGCUACAAACACAAAGGGCGAGAUAGAAGGCUUCUGGGGCGUUGACCAUCUAGGACAGCUCACUGAUUUCCUUGGGCUUGAAAGACCGAGUGGUAAGGGCUGGAAGGCACUACUUUAA